AUGGCGGUGGACGCUGCGUAUGCGAACCUGUUUGGCGUGGAGGGAAAAGCAGCUGUGCUCGGAUGCGAUGAGCUCGGACUUGUUCCGCGGGAUUUACUUCACAUCCCCAAGAAGUCGCUCGAGCGGGCGGGUGACGAUAAAAAUGCGGUGCUCGUUCGGUACACAUUGAUUGAGCGUGCACGGCAAAAUAACAUACGGAAAGUUUUGGCGAUUAAAAAUCACCUCAUCGCCGACGGUGAGGUGCAGAAGAAGUGGAAGGAGCGAUGCAAACUCUUUCCCGACGCCCCCGGUGUGCCGAAAAUACCGAAGGCCGUGAUGAAUAAGAUCAUGACGGAACUGGACACCGAAACCGACGACGAUGAUAACAUUGACGAACUCGGCCUUACCAAACCCAUGCCGCGGUAUGGGGAUCCACCGGCAUCACUCGUUGCUGUUGACGCGAACCGAGAGGUAUCAAAUGCCUCUUCCUCGACGUCAUCAAGAGCGCGGUUCUCUCCCGACAAGCUGCGAAGAUUGAACGGUUCCAAAGCAUCCAACCCACUCUCCCUCAGCUCGAAGGAAAAACCUCGUAAAAAGAAGGGGCAUACCCGUAAAUUGAGUAAAUUUUGGAUAAAACACGCUGCGGAUACAAACAGUGGGAAAAUUUCAAGCGGUCGUCUUUCAGGAGACAAACGUGAUACGUUUUGGCGCCCAAAACCUCCACUGGAUCCACCUUUUCUGCCGCCAUUGCCAUAUCCACGUCGUGACGCUGUUACACUUAAAAUGGAGUUGAAAGAACUGAAUGAAUAUCGUCAGUUUUUGCUGCGGUACGCACACGACAGUUCUGCAAUGGCGCAGGAAUAUCAUGACUUUACAAAGUCCUUGCAGGAGGAUAGCAAUACCACAGAGAAAUUUAGGAACAGGGCCGCAACUUACACCGUAGAAGGCUCAAAGUUUGUGAAUGAGGAUGAGUUAACUCCAUUAGGGCCUGCAGAUGGUGGGAAUGUUACCAAGUCGACAUUUACAAAGGGUAGCAUAUCAAACCAUAAGCGACAGCUUGAUGCGUAUGUGCGUCUGGCACGGUUAGAGAUUCGAAGAAACAUUUCAAACUACAAGAAGUGGAACGGGUUUAUGGAAGAGAUGGAAGGUGUGGAGUCGGCAGGUACCAUUGCGGCAGAUGUUCGUUCUCGGUUGAACGUGGGUAAGCUUCCCACCUUUGAGGAAUAUGUGCAAAUGGUGAGGGAGAGGACAAAGCGGCGAGAGGAUAUGUUGUGGAAUGAUAAGCGAAAACAGGAAAGACUCAAUGCCUUCUGCGAAGCCAAGGAUCGUCACACGGAAGAAAACAUAGAAAAGAUAAAGAGAACAAAAACAAAUCUCUUUAUGGAGUCGCAGGUGGUUCAAAGUGAGAUCAAGAGGCGGAACCGAGAGUACGAAAAUCGACGACGCAGAAUGAGGGAGCACCGAGUGCAGGUGGGCCUGGCAAAGAAGGAAAUGGGAGCUGCCGAACGUCAUAUGAAGCGACUUUUUCGUGCAAAGGAGAAGCGUUUUGAACACGACGCAGAGGAAAUUUUUAGACGGUUACUGAAGGAGAAAAUCCACGCAAUGGACGCGACAAAGAGGUGGGACAUAAAAUCGGUGCGCGCUCCCUAG